CUCUCAACUCCGUUUUGUGUUAGCCGAUCACAUUCUCUUUCGUCAAUCGCCGCCUGAAACAGUGGUACUGAAUUCGAGAUCCUUCUUUGUAAUUGUGUUGUGUUAGUUAAUUUAUUUGUUACAUUUUACUUCAACUAAACAAAAAUGUUUGAAGCUCGUCUCGUUCAAAGUUCUAUUCUUAAGAAGGUGUUGGAAGCGAUCAAAGAAUUGUUAAAUGAAGCAACAUUUGAUUGCUCAGAUUCGGGUAUCCAACUCCAAGCUAUGGACAAUUCACACGUUAGUUUGGUGUCAUUAAACUUAAGAAGUGAUGGUUUUGACAAAUACAGGUGUGAUCGAAACCUUUCAAUGGGAAUCAAUCUAGCCAGCAUGAGUAAGAUUAUGAAAUGUGCUGGAAAUGAUGAUGUACUUACCAUGAAAGCCCAGGACAAUGCAGAUACUGUGAUGUUCAUGUUUGAGUCUCAAAACCAAGAGAAAGUUUCAGACUACGAAAUGAAACUAAUGAAUCUAGAUCAAGAACACUUGGGAAUUCCAGAAACUGACUACUCCUGCUUAAUAAAAUUGCCAUCAGCAGAAUUUGCCCGUAUCUGUAAGGACUUAAGCCAGUUUGGAGAAUCCGUUGUAAUCUCCUGUACCAAGGAAGGAGUAAAAUUUUCUACUGCUGGCGACAUUGGUGCAGCCAACGUGAAACUUGCCCAGACAUCUAAUGUUGACAAAGAGGAGGAGGCUGUUACUAUUGAGAUGCAGGAACCAGUGACUCUCACAUUUGCCUGCAGAUACCUCAACUCCUUCACCAAGGCCACACCUCUGUCCAAUCAGGUCACGCUUUCCAUGUCUGCUGAUGUUCCUUUGGUUGUAGAAUACAAGAUCGGUGACAUUGGUCAUAUUAGGUACUACCUGGCUCCCAAGAUUGAGGAUGAAGAUGCCAAUUAACUUUAUACAGUUUAAGUUUGAAAUCUGCCUUUAGCUGAAUAUGUAAUUUUUAUAACAAAAAGUAUUCUAUUCUAUAUUUUUUAGUGUUAAUUUGACACUUUGAUUUUAAAUUUAAUUACACUAUUACAUUAUCUUCGUUAAAAUAAAUAUUCUACUGGAGGAAAGACCCACUCACUUUGUAUAUAAUACAGUAUUGUACCUUACAUUAAAGCAAGUGUUGUGUUAUAUGCAACAUCUGUACAGUUUCAUAGCUUAUUGUAAACUCAUGUAUUUUUUACAUUAAAUUGUUUUACUCUAAAA